AUGGAGGCGUCGUCGAACAUGAUGAGUCCCAACGUGGACUUGUACGUCCUCGAGUACUUGGUGAACAUGCGCUGGCUGCUUCGGUAUGCCAUUCACGAGCUUGACCCCACUGUAGAGCAACACUACCCAAACUUCAUUGAGCAAGUCACCCAGUUGGAGGCUGUGCUGUCCCGCACCACCGUGGGGCGCAGCUGCACCCUCGCUGAUCUACCUUUUGGCAUUGUGCGUCUCGCACGGGAAGGCGUGUUGUAUUUACUGGUGUCGGAUCAUCUCCUAGGUGGAUGCCCACCGACUAUGCACGCGUUCCUACAGCGGGCUGCCGAAGCAGUAUCGAACGGUGCAGCGCGUGCAUCUCCUCAACGAGCGCCAGCAAACACGGAUCUCAACGUGAGUUUCCCAAGCGACAAUGACGACGGCGACGGCAGGGAAAAAGGCACUUCAAGAAUGACCAUAGAACUUGACGCGCAGCCGCUUGCUGCCAUUGACCCUGCCGGUGAGGACAUGCUGGUGCUGGCCAAAGUGAAAGUUCAGGGAAAGGAAACGCAGGCGAUGCUGCUGCUGUUGCGCUGGCUUUUCAGUGAGGGUGUGCUCUCAGAAGAAGAGCUUUCAGCAACGGUGGAGAUGGGCCAUAUGAGCAACGGAGGCCUCAGCUGUCACACGAGCCGGGUAGCUCCUGCCGUGAUGGAGUACGGGCGCUUUUGCCGGCAUCAGCAACUCGCGCAUCGCCUGGCAGAGGUGGUACCAUUUUUCUUUGGCGCACACCUCUUAGUGUCGCGCUCGCUGCUUCUGCAAUAUUGUGCAACAUUGCUCACCACGGAUGCGGUGAUGCGCCAUGUUACACAUCUGCGUUCGGUUGCUUCAUCCGCUUCCUCAUGUCGCUCCGCACUUCCGCCACCGUCAAGCGUUGAGGGUGCCCUUCUCGAGUGGUUCCAGGCGAUUGUCGACUCCAUCAACGGAGGCGAAGAUGGAGCGGUAGUUCUAGCGCGCCUGGAGGACUGCUCGCCUCUCCGUGCCUUCAUUCAACACGGGCCGUUCUGCGAGGAUGUGAUGGACCCGGCAGAUCGUGAUUUCUUUCGACUUGUGCAGAGUGGCGAAUCCGUGUGUGUAGUGCUUCUCUUCUACUGCCCAGACGCCGUUCCACUCGCUGGGCUUUCGACUGCGCUGCGCGCCAUGGAAGGCGGCAUUCAGGGGAGCCUUGACACCGGCCCUGGGCUGGAGCUGCUGCACCGACAUCUGUCUGUGCACUAUUGGAACGCCAUCGUAACGGCGGCUCGGCAGCUGGGCGUGGGGACGCUUCUGACGCCUGAAGAGAUUGUCACCUACGGUCGCACAGCCCUUCCGCUGCAUCUGUUUUGUUUCAUCCAGCAGCUCUUUGCCGUGCUCGCCACCAAUGCAGAGGAAGAUGUGCGCGUGAGUGCUGACACGGCGUGGUGGGAGCAGAUGAAAAGUAAAGAUGGUUUUACGGUGAUGAUGAAGGCUUCUGGAACAGACAGCAGCCCGAAUCCUCAUGAUGGGAGUGACUCGGCAGCGACGAGGUGCAAAACCUCUACCUCGGGCGCACAACAGGUGCUUCGUAGGUCAAUGCAGGACAGUUUUUCGCCCUUCGCGUUCGCGACAAGAGACGCCUGCGAGGAUGCCACCGACAUCGGCCAAGAUUGCAUGGCGCUUGGUCAUGGCGAGCGGGUGCAGGAAAAGCGCGGCGUUGCGCUACUCUCUUCGACUGCACGCGUGGGUGCGAGCCUUGACACGGGUGAGUUUCACUCGAUUAAAACCGGCGUUGGUGUGCCUGUUAGUGGGAAGGGUAACACCGACGAGGACACAACACAGUUUUCCAUCGAAUGUGCUCGCACCCAGCGCGAGGAUGAAAUUGUUUCGAGGAGGGCAUGUGAGGAAACCCUCGAGACGACUACGUCAGUCUUGCGGCCGAUGGUGAAGCGUCGCGAUCGCACGCAGACGCACCCGAGCGCUACCUCUUCUCGGAGCGCGACCACGACGGCGUCGUUAGACAUGCUCACCAAGGUAUCUGAUUUGAGUCGCCACCGUGGACAGGGAAGGACAGAUUCCCGAGCUAGUGUAUUCGGGGCGCACGUGAUUGACACAUAUACUCGAGCCGCGGAGGAGGAGGAGGAGGAUGCACCCCAUGGGGAUGCCGCAGUUGCAGAUGUCCUCGCUCUGCCGGCAGGUUGUGAGCUAAGUGAUGCCCUGCCGACGUCUGCAGACACACUGCUCCACACGAGAGCGGUCGAUACUGGGCUCAACAAGAAUGCGGCUGGCACCUACACGGAACUCGCCACGGCGCCUACACUAUGGUUUGACAAGCCCGGUGUCAAGGCCCCACAGACUCCAAAGCCCCUUUCAAGCAAGCAAGAUGAAACAGAGUUGUCGGUGCAGAGCGCUGGUGAUGGCUACAGCGACAACAGUAAUGCCCCUGUGGUGAUGCGGGUUAGAGGGGUUUCUGAAGGUAUGUCAUCCACUAGUGUGCGCGCGGUCGAGCUGUCUAUGACUUCCUCGCUGACAGGCAGCACUGACUUUGCUCCUCAAGCGCCUCCACCGACUGUCAAGGAGGCACGCGUGGCAGCAAAAGAAAUUGAUGGCACUGACGACCUCUCAGGCUUGAUGCAAACAGCAAUCUCCUCGACUGACUCGCAGUGUGCAUCAGGUAUGUCGCCGACAUCGCACUUGCGCACUGCGGCAAUAGGCACCGCAGAGCCCUGUGCUGUGCUUGAUGACGCAAUGACUCGCCCUCUGUUAGGAAGCUUCAUCACGGCCAGCACUGUCACCUCAGCUAUGCGGUCAGUUGCGACUCACAACCACGAUGCCGAAGACUGGGACGAGGGUUCAGACAGCGAUAAGGCUAUCUCGAGGCGGGCCAGCGAUGCAACAUCUGCGAGACCCUCCCCUUUGAAGGGAUCGUCACCGACUAUCAGGGGCAAGACUGCUGUCGCCGCAAAACUCCCUAGUGCAGGUGCCACACUGGCGGUAUGCAGUCGCAUUCCUCGUCGAGGGUCAGCAGCGACCCCGCCAAAAAGAACUACGAGCCUCAUUUCCUGCGAGAACGAUUCAAGCAGUCCACAUUCUUGUAUGCGCCCUAGUGCAACGGACAUAGCAGCCCAAGACGAGGACAAGACGCUCCUCCGUGAGGAGGCAGAGACCCUUACACGCGCGACGCGAACAGGGAAACGAUGUUCCCCACCGGCAGAGAAAGCGGAGCAGGUUGGAUGGCAACCAAAAGGCCCCCAGAAGGGCAUUGCAGUAGGCAGCGACCACGCAAGGGUGAUGUGUGACUUGCCGAUGCCGCCGGUCCACGAAGAAACACCUACGCGGGAAGACGGUGAUGCGUUGCCGCACAGGAUUUUCUCCCCUUCACCGGUCUUCCCAGGGUCGGGGGCUCACAGAGAUCAUCGACACGUGGGAGAGAACCCGGUAGAGAGUUACACUUCGAAUCGAACGCUGAGUGAAGGAACCAACUCCUUCGAGGAGACGCCUCUGACACGGGUGCAAACAUGUAGUGCCUCUGAGGUCUACGGCUCAGAGUACACAUCGCUGCAGGAAGACAUGGCUGCCUCCGAUGUGGAUCUUCUCCGACGUCGCCACCGCACCGCGGUGGAGGAGAGCUGGUACUCGAGUGUAUCGUGGUCGUACCACCGCACCUUGCGCAGCGCUGCGGAUUCCGUAGCUAGCGCUAUGCCAUUAACGCAGAAUACUGCGCAAGUACGAGAGCUGCUGGAUCGCUUGACAGGGAUCAGCCUGGCAGAUAUGGUGGGCAAGGACAAGCAAGAGUUAUACAGUGUCCUGGCGCAGCAGCAAGCUGUGGUCAAUGAACUCAAGGCGGCGCUCCACAGCACGCGGACUCGCGUUGGUAGGCGAGGGCUAUUCUGUACUGCGAGUCACCGACCAACACUGCAGCGUAGGCGCAUGGUGCAACUGCAGUUGCCGCUGGAAGAAACACAUGAUCGAAGGGUGAAGACGCACGUCCAGGCCGGAAGAGAUAUUCUGCUCAAAGCACGUAAGACGUCUGGCGAUGGCGCAGAUGUGGGGGCCAGCGUAAUGUCUGCCGCAACGGCCGAGUCGGGCAUUUCUGUCGCGAACACGUCGCAGAGCGACUUCGCUGGGCAGCUAGCCGAGACGGACGUCUCGUCGCAGAUGAGCGAGUGUCAUUUUUAUCCGACCUCCGUGAGGCCACCAGUGUCCUCGUAA